ACGAGUGAUAGAUGAAUGGUGCUGCAAGGUGAUUGCAUCCAGAAAUCUCUAGACGAUAUCUCACAAAAUUCAGCCAUUCGAAAUGACGUUCCUUCACAACAAACAGGCUCAAAACAAAAGAAUUCUGAUACUGGAAAUACGUUGUCUAGCAAUGAAAGCACGUCUGUUGUCGAUGAAUUGAAAGGUGAUUGCAUCCAGAAAUCUUUAGACGAUAUCUCACAAAAUUCAGCCAUUCGAAAUGACGUUCCUUCACAACAAACAGGCUCAAAACAAAAGAAUUCUGAUACUGGAAAUACGUUGUCUAGCAAUGAAAGCACGUCUGUUGUCGAUGAAUUGAAAGGUGAUUGCAUCCAGAAAUCUUUAGACGAUAUCUCACAAAAUUCAGCCAUUCGAAAUGACGUUCCUUCACAACAAACAGGCUCAAAACAAAAGAAUUCUGAUACUGGAAAUACGUUGUCUAGCAAUGAAAGCACGUCUGUUGUCGAUGAAUUGAGAGGUGAUUGCAUCCAGAAAUCUUUAGACGAUAUCUCACAAAAUUCAGCCAUUCGAAAUGACGUUCCUUCACAACAAACAGGCUCAAAACAAAAGAAUUCUGAUACUGGAAAUACGUUGUCUAGCAAUGAAAGCACGUCUGUUGUCGAUGAAUUGAAAGGUGAUUGCAUCCAGAAAUCUUUAGACGAUAUCGCACAAAAUUCAGCCAUUCGAAAUGACGUUCCUUCACAACAAACAGGCUCAAAACAAAAGAAUUCUGAUACUGGAAAUACGUUGUCUAGCAAUGAAAGCACGUCUGUUGUCGAUGAAUUGAAAGGUGAUUGCAUCCAGAAAUCUUUAGACGAUAUCGCACAAAAUUCAGCCAUUCGAAAUGACGUUCCUUCACAACAAACAGGCUCAAAACAAAAGAAUUCUGAUACUGGAAAUACGUUGUCUAGCAAUGAAAGCAUGUCUGUUGUCGAUGAAUUGAAAGGUGAUGGCAUCCAGAAAUCUUUAGACGAUAUCUCACAAAAUUCAGCCAUUCGAAAUGACGUUCCUUCACAACAAACAGGCUCAAAACAAAAGAAUUCUGAUACUGGAAAUACGUUGUCUAGCAAUGAAAGCACGUCUGUUGUCGAUGAAUUGAAAGGUGAUUGCAUCCAGAAAUCUUUAGACGAUAUCUCACAAAAUUCAGCCAUUCGAAAUGACGUUCCUUCACAACAAACAGGCUCAAAACAAAAGAAUUCUGAUACUGGAAAUACGUUGUCUAGCAAUGAAAGCACGUCUGUUGUCGAUGAAUUGAAAGGCUCAAAACAAAAGAAUUCUGAUACUGGAAAUACGUUGUCUAGCAAUGAAAGCAUGUCUGUUGUCGAUGAAUUGAAAGAUGUUGGUGUGAUGAGUACGAGAGUAAGCUGUCAGAAAUAAUAGCUGGUCUUUUGACAUCGAGAUAUCCUUCGUGCUCUCCAAACAAACGUAAACGUCCUCUGAAAGCGUCUCCAUCACAAAGCUGCACACCAACUUCCGAGCAGAUUCUACAUCAUCUGGAGCAUUUCCGUCGUAGUUGUAGACAUGGUAAUUGAACGGGAACAGGCCUUUAUGUUCAAAACGAGAUGCAAAGGUCGCUGCAGCAAGCAUUUGCUCAUAGCACCGACAGUCAAAAGAAAUACUUCGCAGAUCUGUAUGCAUUGGCUGCUGAGGAUGAAACGAUAGGUACAAUAGGACGAAGAAGUACUAGUAGUCGAGGCAGGAAGGUUGUGGCAAAUAAAAAAGACCCAUCUCCGUUUAACAAUAAUGCAAAGAAGACUCAAGACACUUACGCUAGCGAUGACUCUACAGAUGAUGACUGGUCGAAACACAAAACUGGGAAACGACGUAAGAAGGCCUUUAGUGACUCAGACUGAUUGCAUUCUACUUUAUAUUUUCAAUGAUAAUCUGUGUAACAAUAUAAAAACAAAAAUACUGGUUAACCAGAGUUAACGGUCUCUUUCGUGAGCGAUAUUUUUAGAGUCUCGCUCAGUGUGUAACAAUUAUUUUGUUUUUUUUUUUUAAAUUUUUAUCACGAAAAAAUCGCAUUCAUUUAUAUUUUAUGUUAUUCAUUCGGAAUAAACGAGCUUGAGCUUGAGCUUGGGUAGACUGUA